UUUUAUUCAAGACAUUCUGAAUCAUACAGAACUUCAGAUUUGUUUUCUUUGCAGUUGCUGUUUUCUACUGUAGUAUCAAGUACAGCUGAGGGAUCCAGCCCAAGAUUAUGUUUGGACUUAAAUGACAAUUUCAGAAUUAAACUGAUCAACAUCCCAUCAACACCAGCGUCAAUAACUGCUGCAGAUGUAUACAAAUACAUGAAUAUAUAUAGUAAACAGUAUAUAAUAAAUAAAAGUUCUAACUUCUGACAAUGAGAGAAGAGUAAACUUGGUGAUACAUAACACAGAAGCAAACAGUAAAUUCCAUAUAGGAGGUUAUUUUUUAUUUAUAUUUGGAUAUUUCUGUCAUUAAUUUGAACCUUAAUCAUAAAUUGAUCCUUUUUAAUGCAUUGUCUCAGCCACAAAGGUUUGUUGGUUUAUCUAGUUGUUUUGAAUUGAAACUGCGCUAUGAAACAUACCUGCCCUGACGGUCACUUUUCACGUCUAUAAAUUAUGAUUUGCGGUCUUAUGUUGAUGUGAUACUUUAAAGUUUAGCAGUUUGACAUAAAAGGCCUUUUUUGAUUAUUAUUAAAGAACAAACAUCAAGGUCCCUCAGUAUAAAAAAGUGCAACAUAUUGUCUCAACUCAGAUAAAGUGAUGAGGUCAAACGAACAUGUAUUUGCUUAAUUUAGUGGUGCAUACGCUGUAAACUUUCACAAUGGGAAGGAAAGGAAAGAAAGAGAAUGAAGCUCCAUCCAAGGAAGCGUUUGAUCCAUUGGCAGUUGAGGUAAAAAUGCCUAUUACAGUUGUGUUGCUCCUGAGUUCACCAGAGGAGGACAUUCUUUCCAAGUCCUGUGAUGCAAUCUACAAAUAUGUUGAGAAAGCGGAUGAGAACAAGAUAACUCUUCUGGGUUUGGGGGUGCUCGAGCCUCUCUGUCAACUCAUCUGUCACAGCAACACACAGGUCAGGCACAGUGCUUUCAUGGCCCUGGGCACGAUGUCCACUAAUGGCGAUGUAAAGGAGGGUCUGAAAAAAUUUAAUGUCAUACCACCAAUUAUUCAUAAACUCAUUCCUGAAGAGGACACAGUUGUUCAUGAGUUUGCGACCCUCUGCUUAUCGUCCCUGUCUGCGGACUUCAUCUGCAUGCAAAAGAUCUUUGAAUACGACGGCCUUCUUCCUCUGAUUGAACUUCUUUCGAGUCCAGACCCUGAUGUGAAGAAGAACUCAUUACAGACCAUUUAUAACAUGGUUCAGGACUAUCCAAGCCGCUUGGCUGUGCAUGAGUUAGGAGGGAUCCGUCCAAUCCUGGAGUUGCUGGAUUCAGACUUUGUUGCCAUCCAGCAUUUGGCUCUGAAGACGCUGCAGAUCCUCACCACAGACAAAGACACACGGGAAACCUUCAGGGAGGAGGAGGGAUUUGAGAAACUCAUGGAUAUCCUCAGUAACCCAGAAUUUGCAGAUCUCCACGUGGAGGCCUUGAGGACCGUCGUCCACUGUCUUUGUGACAGUGAAAGUCUGAGGUUAUUACACAAAGACGGAGGACUGACCAAACUGAUGGAGUUUGUUGUCAAAGCCCCUUCACCGGAAAUCCAGUCCAGUGCUGCUAAAUGCAUCGCAAUGAUAGUUAAAUGCGUUGAGAGUCACUUACAGCUUCACGAGCAAAACGUUGAGAAGAUUAUGGUGGAGCUUUUGUCCGUGGUGAAUGACAGUGUGAAAACGGCUGCCUGCCAGGCUCUCGCCGCCAUGAGCUCCCAGCUGGCGAAAGACACGUUCAGAGAACAAAAGGGUUUUCCUGUCCUGCUUGAGUGUCUGCGAAGUGAGAGCUAUGAGUUAAGAGAGGAAGCUACCCAAGCCAUAUUUAAUCUAACAGCUGAUAACUGGCUUAACGCAGACACUUUGUAUAAGGUGGGGGGCAUUGACAUCCUGGUCCUGAAGCUCCGUGACCCAUGUCCCAGAUUAGUGGCCAAUGUUACAGCCACACUAAGCAACAUGGCGAGGCAAGAAGAGAUCCGCUGCAACAUUGUUGCACACGGUGCCAUCCCGCUGCUGGUUAAUUCCCUCUCGUCACCCAAUACCCAGGUCCAGAUCAACACAACCCAGUGCUUGGCUGUUCUGGUUAGUGAUGUGGAUUCCAGGGCAGAGUUACAAAGGACUGGAGGCCUGUACCCGUUGGUCAUGCUGCUGCAGUCUCACCAUAAUGAGGUGUUAAAAAACACAUGCUGGGCAGUAAAUGUCUGUGCCACAGAUAAACCUGUCGCUGUGGAAAUGUGCAAAUACGGCGCUCUGGAAAUGCUUCAGGAAAUCAACACAUCAGAAAUUCGCCAAAACAGAUUCAGCCAGCUGGCUAUGGAUAACCUGCUGAAGUCAAACCUGUCUGUGAAGUACAGCCUGGAAAGUUACCUCACCCCUCUUGACAUCAUCACUGAUGGCUUUUACGAUGUUGGAAAGACCAAUAUGGGGCAAAGAGUUUUGACCUUGGAGGAGUUAGCCAAACAACCAGUCAACACCCACCAGGCCAUCAUUGUCAUCAAUACCGGAGAACAUGUGUCAGAGGAGAAGCAAAAUGCAGAAUCAGAAAUUCCCAGCAAGGAAGAGACAAAAACGUCAAGACGGAAACGGGAAGAAGAAAAGCGGAAAGACGACGCCCAAAAAGGUUCUGCAGAGAAACCAUGGAAGCUAGUUCAAGAUGUUGCCGUGCGGAAUUUAGUGAAUGAGGCCAGACGCUCCAUCCUUCCUCUGAAGGAUGAGCGGGAACAGUACGCCGCUCUGGCCAGACUGGUGAGUGAUUCCAUGGGUGGACCAGUGGAGAAGGAAAAGCUUCAUGAAUUCUCAUGGCACCAUCACCUGAGCGAGGUCAAGUAUGGACUGCAGUCUAAUAUCGUUCCAAUUGGCAUGGUCAAAAAAGGAAUCUACUGCCACAGAGCUCUGCUUUUUAAGUAUCUCGCCGACAGCAUCGGCUUGAGCUGCACUCUGGUGCGUGGCGAGUACCACCGAGCUUGGAAUGAAGUCCUGCUCUCGGAGAAGGCUCCCCAGAACAAAGACCAGCAGCCCCAGUGCAGACACUGCAUCGUUGAUCUCAUGCACCAACCAGGAAGUUUACUGAAUGUGAACACGCCGGCAGCAGUCAAGUAUCAGAACAGACCCCAGAUGCAGUUCUUGUACAGAUAACCAUCGUAUGGACGACAAGUGGACUUCAGUGUCUUU